CAAGUUAGGUGAGUUACAGUCCAACAUGAGUGAGUUACCUGCACGGUAGCUGCAGGCUGGGCUCUAACCAGAUAACAUGGCCACCGUUUCUUAGCAGAGAGAAAACAUUUAGAAAGGAAAGAUAAUUUCUCCUUGAGUUGCAACGAGAAAGAAACAGAAAAAGAAAAUUUACAGCCGGUAUUUUUCAGAGGAUUAUAUUUGUGCCCUCCGACUUGGGGAUACCAGAGAGCAGCUCAGCAGGCUUUCCAGAUCAGCACAAAAGCUAUGCUGCUCCAAUAAAGAUUGAAAAUGCUUCUAAUGUCUGAGCAAUUUUGAGACGAUUGACUUAAUUGGACGAGAUGAUUAUUUGGCUGAUCUCUCUGAAAAGUAUUGAGAUACUACUUUUAGCAGUGUCUUGCUUGAGUUUCCACAUUGAACCUGAAGAAGGUAGCCUUGCAGGGGGAACAUGGAUCACAGUCGUUUUUGAUGGUUUGGAGUCCGGUCUCCUUUAUCCAGCUAAUGGCUCUCAGCUGGAGAUACAUCUGGUGAACAUGGCUGUGCCUGUCCUGCCGAGCAUCUCCUGUGACGUCUCCCCUGUCUUCUUGGGUUUGCCGGUGGUGAUGUGCAAGACCAGGCCUUUGCUGUCUGACGCAUAUGAAGGUCUGUACUACCUGGAAAUGCAUUCUGGGGGACAGGUGGUAGGCAGCCCAAUUCCAGGACCACGAGACAGCUGUCUUUUCAAGUUUUCCAGGGCACAGACACCCAUUGUUUACCAAGUUAACCCACCAAGUGGAGUUCCAGGAAAACUAAUACAUGUGUAUGGCUGGAUUAUCACUGGAAGAUUGGAAACCUUUGAUUUUGAUGCUGACUACGUUGACAGCCCAUUGAUCUUGGAAGCUCAAGGGGACAAAUGGGUCACUCCUUGCUCUCUUGUAAACAGGCAGACAGGAAGCUGCUACCCUGCUCAGGAAGACCAUGGUUUCGGGACGCUGCAGUGCCGUGUGGAAGGCAACUAUAUUGGCUCCCAGAACGUUAGCUUCUCAGUAUUUAACAAAGGAAAGUCAAUGGUACAUAAGACUGCAUGGCUGAUCAGUGCUAAACAGGAACUCUUCCUGUACCAGACACACUCAGAAAUACUGUCUGUGUUUCCAGAAACUGGGAGUCUUGGGGGAAGAACAGACGUCACAAUUACAGGAGACUUCUUUGACGUUCCUGCCCAGGUUACCAUUGCAGGCGUUCCAUGUGAUGUUAGACACGUGUCUCCCAGGAAGAUUGAGUGCACCUCUAGGGCUCCAGGAGAAGGUGCAAGGCUCACUGCUCCUCAGGCAGGCAAUCGAGGGCUUCUUUUUGAAGUUGGAGAUGCUGCCGAGGGCUUGGACCUGACUGAAGCCACCCCUGGGUACAGGUGGCAGAUUGUCCCUAAUGCCAGUUCUCCAUUUGGAUUUUGGUCAAAGGAAGGGCAACCUUUCAGAGCACGGCUCAGUGGGUUCUUUGUGGCCCCAGAGACAAAUAAUUACACUUUCUGGAUCCAGGCAGACAGCCAAGCUUCCCUGCAUUUCAGUCCAUCAGAAGGUCCAAGGACCAAGGUAAAGGUGGCCUCCAUCAGGGUGGGCACCGCUGGCUGGUUUGACUCCUGGGAGCAGAAUGGGAAUGAAGGGACCUGGCAACAGAAGAGCCCCAAGUUGGAGCUGUUCGGUGGAGCCAAGUACUACCUGGAAGCAGAGCACCAUGGGAGAGCCCCUAGCAGGGGGAUGAGAAUCGGCGUCCAGAUCCACAAUACCUGGCUGAAUCCCACUGUGGUCAGCACUUACCUCCGGGAGAAGCAGCAGAUCCGAAUCAGUGCUCAGAGACUUCCGGAUAUCCAGAUGCUGACUGUGUCUGGAAGAGGGAACUUCUUCCUCACUUGGGAUAAUGUCUCAAGCCAGCCAAUCCCUGCAAAUGCCACAGACCAUCAGAUUCAAACAGCCCUUGAGGAAUUACUUGCAGUCAAAUGCCAACUCAAACCCUUUUCAGCUAACAUCCUACUCCGGCUUGGAUUCGAACAAGGCCUAGAAGGUUCCAGCUUUGAUGGUACUCUCACCAGUCGGACAGAGCCCUUUUGUGGGAGGUUCAGCCUCUAUCAGCCUCGACAUCUUGUCAUAACACCCCCAGCUGCCCAGAAGGAUUACCGGCUGGAUCAGUAUACACACCUGUGCAUUGCAUACAAAGGCUACAUGAGAAAGACCCUGAAGGUGACCAUGUCCUUCACAAUGGAUCUUCAAAACAUCGUUAAGAAGAACAUCACCUGUAACUGGAGCCUCAUGGGGACCAGCCCCGAAAGCUGGCAGUUCACUUGCACUGACCUCUGGAAGACGUGUGUGCAUCGUUCUGCGUAUCUCCAGAUGCCUCUAGCAAACUCCCCAGUGCUGGUUCAUCGGAUUGACCUCCUCCCACUGGCUCAGGAAACGGGCGUGUUCUAUGUGGAUGAAAUUAUUAUUGCAGACACAAACCUAACAGUUUCUCAGAUGGAUUCUGGAACAGCUCGCCCAGGUGGGAACCUGGUGGAAUUGCUCUCUGUAGUGGGAUCCCCUGCAGUCUACAAUGUAACCUCCUGGGUGGCAGGUUGUGGCCUGGAGCUCCCACUCAUCACUGCGAGCUCCGUGCCCACUGAAGGGACAGAAGAAGGAUCUGGGGUGGUCCAGGUGACAACGCAGACACUACAGAGAACAAGUCCACCUUUAGGAGGACACUUUCGCAUCCAACUUUCUAAUACAGUGAUUCCUGAUGUCCCUGUGCAUAUUUCAGCUAGUCACCUUCGCGAGCUCUUACAGAACAAUGCUGAUGACUUCACAUCCAGGUACCUCAAUGUCAGUGACUUCACUGUGACGGAGGAUCUAAAGUCUUGCUAUGAACAUGUGUGGACCAUCUCCUGGUCCACCCAGGUUGGGGAUUUGCCCAAUUUCAUUAGGGUGUCUGAUGAAAAUCUAACUGGAGUGAACCCUGCUGCAACCAUUCGGGUGGUAUAUGAUGGUGGAGUUUUUCUUGCACCCAUAUUUGGAGACAUGUUGGCUACUGCCAACCAGCACACUCAGGUGGUUGUGCGAGUGAAUGACAUACCAGCUCAGUGCUCAGGGUCCUGUUCUUUCCAGUACCUUGAAGGGUCAACUCCCUGGGUCCACUCUGUGUGGUAUUCCCUUGAUGGCGACAUUAACCUACUGGUUCACAUUACUGGAACUAGUUUCUCUGGUGACUCCCAGGCCUUUCAGAUUACUGUGAACAAAACAAGUUGCAAAGUUAUUUUCUCAAACCAAACGAAUGUGGUCUGUCAAACCAACCUACUGCCUGUCGGAGUGCAUCAGAUCUCCAUGUUGGUGAGACCUUCUGGUUACGCCAUCAGUGCCAGUGGAGAAGGCCUCUUCCUAAACGUGGAACCCAGACUGGAUGCUGUGGACCCUUCGAGAGCUGCAGAGAUUGGAGGGCUCUGGGCCACCAUCCAGGGCUCUAGUUUGGAAGAUGUUAGCCAGGUGUUAUUUGGAUCUCAGUCUUGUGCCAUCAAUGUCACCAUAAGCAAUUCACGAAGAAUUCAAUGCAAAGUUCCACCCAGGGGGAAAGAUGGACCCAUUGUGAAUGUGACUGUAAUCAGAGGGGACCACUCUGCAGUUCUUUCUAUGGCGUUUACAUAUGUCUCGUCUUUAAAUCCAGUGAUCAUGUCUCUGAGCAGAAACAGAAGCAACAUAGCAGGAGGUGAGGCUCUUUUCAUUGGAAUGGCACUGCUGGUGGACUACACAAAUUUGGAUGUGGAAGUCCACAUCCAGGAUACCGCGGCCUGGGUUCAUGCAAAGACUGCUCAGGGUGUGGAGGUGGAGCUGCCCCCGCUGCCUGCUGGCCUCCAUAGAAUCUCAGUCUCCAUCAAUGGGGUCGACAUUCAGUCAGAAGGGGUUGAUCCUCACAUCCUGUACAUCACAGACGUUUUCAGCAUUGAGCCUUGCUGUGGAUCCCUUCUGGGUGGAACAAUCAUCAGCAUCUCAGGAAUGGGGUUCAGUACGGAGCCAGGUUUAGUUUGGGUGCUUGUGGGCAAUCAGUCCUGUGACAUUGUGAACUCAACGGAGACGAAUAUCUGGUGUGAGACCCCGCCUGCCUCCCUGCAGCCUGAGGAUGACGUUCUCACUGUCCCAGCUCCCGUGGAGGUCUGGGCUGGCAACGUGUCCUUCACCCAAGGACCUGCACCCAGGUUGGUGGGGAAGAACUUUACCUUCACAUAUGAGGUGGCCACAACACCAUUGGUCACUGCUGUGCAAGGAGAAAUCACGAAUAGCAGCCUGAGACUGUCUAUGGAAGGAUGUAACCUGUCCAACUCGGUGAUUCUUCUGGGGGACUUGACCUGCCAUCUUGAGACACAGUUUUUCAGAUGCAACAUGAGCCUGUUUGGGUGCUCCUUUCCUCUUCACAGUUUGGAGGCAGGCAUCUAUCCUCUUCAAGUACGUCAGAAGCAGAUGGGGUUUGCCAACAUGUCUGCGGUGCCCCAGAAAUUUGUGGUGACACCUCGGAUAACGGCCAUCUUCCCAACUCAUGGGUCUGCUUGUGGCGGGACGGUACUCAUGGUGAGGGGGUUAGCUCUAAAUUCUAGGAGGAGGUCAGUUCAGGUUGAUCUUUCGGGUCCUUUUACUUGUGUGAUUUUGAGCUUGGGGGACCAGACUGUCCUCUGCCAGAUUAACCUGGUGCGCGACUCCUUGCCUGGCUCUUCCUUUACUCUAAAGGUCACAGUCCUGGUCAAUGGGCUACGCAGUGAGUGUCAGGGGAAUUGCACUCUUUACUUGAGGGAAGAGCAAACUCCUGUAGUGGACGCCUUGACCACUAACACCAGUGGGUCUUUGACUACCGUGCUGAUUAGAGGUCAGAGGUUAGGCACCACAGCUGAUGAACCAAUGGUGUAUUUGGAUGACCAUCUUCCUUGCAUUGUAACUUUCUUUAAUGCAAGCCAUGUGGCAUGCUGGAUAAAUGACUUGACCCCAGGACACCACUACCUAUCAGUAUUUCAUACAAGAGAUGGAUAUGCUUGUUCUGGUAAUGUUUCCAGGCACUUCUACAUCUUGCCUCAGGUGUUUCAUUAUUUCCCCAAGAAUUUCAGCAGACAUGGUGGAAGCCUCUUGAGCAUAGAGGGCACAGCCCUGAGAGGACAGAACAGCACGUCAGUCUACAUUGGCCAGCAGGCCUGCCUGACAGUGAACAUCAGCGCUGAGCUCAUCCAAUGCAUCGUUCCUGCAGGGAACAGCUCUGUGGUCCUGGACAUAGAGAUAGAUGGACUUUCAUACCAGAUGGGAGUCAUUGGCUACAGCAGCACAUUCACCCCAGAACUGCUCUCUAUGUCUCACACUGAUGACAUUUUAACCUUUGUGGUGGCCCACAUCUCAGGAGCUGUGAACGUGGACAUUUUUAUUGGGAUGUCACCCUGUGUGGGCAUCACUGGCAACUGCACAGUUCUCCAGUGUGCGGCCCCAUUCCUCCCUGCCGGGGAGUACCAAGUCAGAGGUUACGACUGCAUCAGAGGGUGGGCCUCAUCCACCCUGGUGUUCACAUCACAAGUUACUGUUACAGCAGUGACAGAGAACUUUGGCUGCCUGGGUGGAGGACUUGUGCAUGUGUUUGGAGCGGGAUUUUCUCCAGGGAACAUCUCAGCUGCCGUGUGUGGCGCUCCCUGCCAAGUCUUGGCUAACGCUACAGUGUCUGCCUUCAGCUGCUCGGUUCUUCCCCUGGAUGUGUCCUUGGCUUCCCUGUGUGACCUGAAGCCCGAGGAGGAGCGCUGUGACACCUCCAGCCGCACCUAUGUGCAGUGUGAUCUGACUGUCACUGUGGGGACACAGAGACUGCCUGAAUCAUGGCCUUACCUCUACAUUUGUGAAGAAAGCGUCCAAUGCCACUUUCCACGAGAUCACGGGUCAGAGUCGGUCUUUCCAUCAUUCUCAGGCCUCUUCAUCAGCCCUAAAGUGGAAAGAGAUGAAGUUCUCAUCUAUAAUAGCUCCUGUAACAUUACCAUGGAAACUGAGGCAAAGAUGGAGUGUGAGACGCCUAAUCAGCCAAUUACCGCCAAGAUUACUGAGAUACGGAAAAGCCGGGGCCAGAACACUCAGGGCCACUUACCCUUUCAGUUCUGCUGGAGGUGGUCGAGGGCUCACAGCUGGUUUCCUGGAAGAGUGCCACAAGAUGGCGACAACGUCACGGUGGAGAACGGCCAACUGCUACUGUUAGACACCAAUACAAGCAUCCUCAACUUACUGCACGUUAAAGGAGGCAAGCUGAUUUUCAUGGAUCCAGGACCCAUCAAGCUUAGGGCACACUCCAUCCUUGUUUCUGAUGGGGGAGAGCUCUGGAUUGGAUCUGAGGACAAGCCCUUCCAAGGCAAAGCUGAGAUCACACUCUAUGGGAGUUCCUACUCUACCCCCUUUUUUCCAUAUGGUGUCAAGUUCCUGGCAGUGAGGAAUGGAACUCUUUCCCUGCAUGGUUCACUUCCGGAAGUAAUUGUCACUCAUCUUCGAGCAGCUGCCUACGCCCAUGACACAGUGUUGGCUCUGGAAGAUGCUGUGGAUUGGCAUUCUGGGGAUGAAGUUGUCAUCAUCAGUGGGAUAGGUGUUGAAGGUGCCAAGCCCAUGGAAGAGAUUGUCAUUGUGGAAACGGUGCACAAUGCAGACCUCCAUCUGAGAGCACCUUUGAGAUAUUCUCACAACUGCACAGAAAAUUGGAUGGCUGGAGAGCACCCUAUUUUAAAGGCCACAGUGGCUCUGCUCAGCAGGAAUAUUAUUAUCCGAGGAAAUCUCACUAAUGAGAGGACAAAGCUCCUUGCUUUGUGCCAGGGGGCUUAUGCUUCAGAAGGUAAUUUGCAGCACUGUUUGUAUUCUAAGAGUGAGAAAAUGCUGGGAUCCAGGGAUCUGGGUGCCAGAGUCAUUGUUCAGUCCUUCCCAGAGGAGCCCAGCCAGGUCCAGUUGAAGGGAGUGCAGUUCCGGGAAUUGGGGCAAGCCUUCCACAAGCAUCUGAGCUCGCUGACACUGGUGGGCGCUAUGAGAGGUUCCUACAUACAGGGCUGCACAGUGUGGGGCUCGUUCAGUAGAGGCCUCAGCAUGUUUAGGACCCUGGGCCUGAAGGUGGACAGAAAUGUGUUCUACAAUAUUUUAGGCCAUGCACUGCUGGUGGGUACAUACAUGGAGACAAGAUAUAUUCCUUGGGAGGCUAUUCCUGGAAGAACAAAUGACUGGUCAGAACUGGGAAAUAUAAUCAGCAACAACAUGAUCAUCAGUGUUUCUGGUGCUGAGGGGCUCUCCAGUCCUGAACUGUUGACACCAUCUGGUGUCUAUAUCCGCAACCCCACCAAUGUCGUAGAGGGAAAUAGGGUGUGUGCUGCUGGUUAUGGCUACUUUUUUCAUCUUGUAACCAGCCAAACAUCACGAGCUCCACUUCUCUCCUUCACUCGGAAUAUUGCACAUUCUUGUACAAGGUAUGGUCUCUUUGUAUACCCUAAAUUUCAGCCAUCUUGGGACAAUGACACUGGCCCCACCCUAUUCCAAGACUUCCUGGUUUGGGGAAGUGCAGGCGGUGCCCAGAUUUUUAGGAGUAGCAAUCUUCACCUAAAAAGCUUCCGAGUUUAUUCAUGCAGAGAUUUUGGAAUUGACAUCUUGGAAAGUGAUGCAAAUACUGCAGUUACUGACAGCUUAUUACUUGGUCAUUUUGCCCACAAGGGAAGCCUGUGUAUGUCAGCUGGGAUCAAAACUCCCAAAAGAUGGGAACUGAUCAUAUCUAACACAACCUUUGUUAAUUUUGAUCUCACUGACUGCGUGUCCAUCAGAACCUGUUCAGGCUGUUCCCGAGGACAGGGUGGAUUUACUGUGAAGACCAACCGGUUGAAGUUUACAAACUCUCCCAACUUGGUCGCAUUUCCAUUUCCUCAUGCAGCAAUCAUGGAAGACAUGGAUGGGUCUCUGUCUGGGAAAAAUGGAAGCCAUAUUGUUGCUUCUAUGGAAACCCUCUCAGAUUCUUGUUCGCUCAAUACCAGCUUCAGUCAGAUUGUCUUGGGCAGUGUCUGUGGGGAAGAUGUCCUCUUUCAUCGUAUGUCUAUUGGAUUAACUGAGGCUCCAGAUGUUUCUUAUGAUUUAACCGUGACUGACAGCAGAAACAUGACCACCACUGUCAAAUAUGUGUGUGACACAUUGUCUAAUCCUUAUGGCUGGAUGGCUCUACUCUUGGAUGGAGAGACCUACUCAUUGCGAUUUGAGACCCCUUGGCUCAACAGAUCUCUAGAGUACUCAGCAACAUUUGGCAACUUUGGUCCUGGGAAUUACCUCCUGCUGGUACACACAGUCCUGUGGCCUCACCCUGACAUCCUCAUAAAAUGUGGGAGUCAACUGGGGCGGUCCCUUCCAUCUCUUCCAUCACCUGGUAAAGACCAAGGCUGUGACUGGUUCUUCAACAGCCAGCUGAGACAACUCACCUAUUUGGUUUCAGGUGAAGGCCAAGUUCAAGUAAUUCUCCAGGUGAAGGAAGGUGUGCCCCCAACUAUUUCAGCUUCUACCUCUGUGCCUGAAUCAGUUUUAACAUGGUCUCUCCCUGAAGCAUGGAUGGGUGUUGAGGAGGGCUGGGGAGGACACAAUCAUACCGUUCCAGGCCCUGGGGAUGACGUCCUGGUUUUACCAAACAGGACUGUCUUUGUGGAUGUAGACCUUCCAUUCCUCAAAGGCCUCUAUGUGAUGGGGACUUUAGAAUUCCCUGUGGACAGGAGCAACAUCCUGAGUGUGGCAUGCAUGGUCAUUGCAGGCGGGGAGCUGAGAGUUGGUACUUUAGAAAAUCCCUUAAAAAAGGAACAAAAUCUUCUGAUUCUCCUUAGAGCUUCAGAGGGAGUCUCUUGCGACCGUUUCAAUGGAAUUCAUAUAGAUCCAGGAACAAUUGGGGUUUAUGGGAAAGUUCAGCUUCAUAGUGCUUAUCCUAAGAAACCCUGGACACAUCUAGGGGCUGACAUUGCAUCAGGCAACGAGAGAGUUAUAUUAGAGGACACAGUGGACUGGCGACCCCAUGACAAAAUCGUCCUUAGCUCCUCUUCUUAUGAGCCUCAUGAAGCAGAGGUCCUCACUGUGAAAGCAGUCAAGGGCCACUAUGUUAGGAUUCAUGAACGGCUCAAACACCGGCAUAUUGGAAGUGUCCAUUUCAUGGAGGAUGGCCAACAUAUUCAUUUGGCUGCUGAGGUUGGACUUUUGACCAGAAAUAUACAAAUCCAGCCUGAUAUAUCAUGUAGGGGGAGACUUCUUGUGGGGUCCUUCAGGAAGUCCAGCAGAGAAGAAUUUUCAGGUGUCCUUCAACUUUUGAAUGUAGAAAUUCAGAACUUUGGGUCACCAUUGUUUUCAUCCAUUGAACUCACUAAUGUGUCAGCAGGAUCCUGGAUAAUAUCUUCUACUCUACACCAAAGCUGCGGUGGGGGCAUUCACGCAAUUGCCAGUCAUGGGGUCAUUUUGAAAGACAAUAUAGUGUUUCAUACAGCUGGCCAUGGCAUUGAUUUGGAGGGUCAGGCCUAUUCCCUCUCUAAUAACCUUGUGGUGCUGAUGACACAGUCUGCCUGGUCCACAGUUUGGGUAGCAGGAAUCAAAGUGAACCAGGCAAAGGACAUCAAUCUCCAUGGCAACGUUGUGGCAGGAUCAGAGAGACUUGGCUAUCACAUCCGAGGCCAGAGGUGUUCCUCUCUUGAAGGCCUUUGGGCUGACAAUGUGGCCCACUCAAGCCUUCACGGCCUUCAUCUGUAUAAUGAAAGUGGACUUGACAACUGUACUCGCAUCUCUGGCUUUUUGGCUUUCAAGAACUUUGACUACGGUGCUAUGCUACAUGUGGAGAACAGCGUGGAGAUAGAGAACGUCACUCUGGUGGACAACACUAUUGGCCUUUUGGCAACAGUAUAUGUGUCUUCUUUUCGACAGAGGUCUAUUGAAAAUGUGCAGGUUGUACUAAGGAAUUCGGUCAUCGUGGCCACUAGCUCCUCUUUUGACUGCAUUCAGGACAGGGUUGAGCCUUGCUCUGCCAACUUGACAUUAACAGCCCGAGCUCCUCCCAACCCAAGAGGGGGUCGAGUUGGUAUUCUGUGGCCUGUAUUCACCUCAGAACCAAAUCGGUGGCCUCAGGAAGCAUGGCACAAAGUGAGAAAAGGCCAUUCAAUUUCAGGAAUAGUGAAACUUCAAGAUGUCACCUUUUCUAGUUUUGUGAAGAGUUGCUAUAGUGAUGACCUAGAUGUCUGCAUUCUGCCCAAUGUAGAAAACACUGGAAUCAUUCAUCCCAUAACAGCAGAGAGGACCAAGAUGCUAAAGAUCAAAGAUAAAAACAAGUUCUACUUUCCUCCCUUACAGAGCAGGAAAGAUUUAGGAACACUGGUCUGCCCUGAAUCGGAUUGUGAAAGUCCAAGGAAAUAUCUCUUUAAGGAUCUGGAUGGGAGAGCCCUGGGUCUACCUCCACCAGUUUCUGUAUUUCCUAAAACUGAUGCAGAAUGGACUGGAUCCUUCUUCAACACAGGUACAUUCAGAGAAGAACAGAAAUGUACGUACCGAUCCCUGAUACCAGGCUACAUCUGCAAGCAGACUGACCAAGUGAUCGUCAUUCUUGACAAUGUUGAUGUCACGUGGACAAUGAGGAAGUUCUAUCCUGUUGUAUCUGUGACCGGUGGUUUUGUUGACACUUUUAGUAGUGUAAAUGCCAGUACUUCCUGCUUUACUUCAGGAUCUCUAUCUACUUUCUAUUCCAUUUUACCUACAAGGGAAAUCACCAAGGUCUGCUUUGUGGAUCACACUCCUCAAGUUUUGCGUUUUUUUCUAUUGGGGAACAAAAGUACAUCCAAGCUUCUCUUGGCUGUAUUCUACCAUGAACUCCAGAGCCCCCAUGUUUUUUUAGGGGAACGUUUCAUUCCACCUACUCUGGUUCAAUCAACUUCCUCACUGCUGGAUGAGUCUAUUGGUUCCAACUAUUUCAGCAUCAUGGAUAAUCUCUUGUAUGUUGUCCUACAAGGAGAGAAGCCCAUUGAAAUACACUCAAGUGUUUCCAUUCAUUUGGCCUUCACUGUGAUGUUUUCAGUCCCAGAAAAAGGCUGGGAAAUCACGAUCCUCAAAAGACUAACUGACUUCCUGCAAAUUAGCCAAGACCAGAUCAGAUUUAUUCAAGACAUGCCUGGCAAUGAAGCAACAUUAAAAGCCAUUGCUGACCAUAGAGCAAAGAGAAAGCGCAAUUGCCCAACUGUGACUUGUGCCAGUCAUUACAGAGUUGGCCAACGUAGACCUCUCAUGAUGGAAAUAAGUUCAUAUAAGGUCCCACCACCCACCACCAUGGAAACUAUCUCAAAAGUAAUGGUCACUGAAAUUGGUGAUCUGCCAACAGUAAGGAGAACUGGCCUGAUUACAUCCUUAUCAACUAACAAAUUACAGGGUUUGGCUCACCAGCUUAUCACUGCUCAACAGACCGGAGUACUGGAGAAUGUUCUGAAUGUGACUAUUGGGGGCUUACUGGUGACUCAGUCAAAGGGAGUCGAUGGCUAUGGAAAUACUAGCCACUUGAAAACUGAGGAGGUGAUAUAUAUUCGGCCCUAUGCUCUUUCAGUCCUAGUCCAGCCUUCAGAUGGAGAAGUGGGAAAAGAGCUUCCGGUACAACCACAACUCGUUUUUGUGGAUAAGCAGAAUCGGAGAGUAGAGUCCUUGGGGCCCCCUUCAGAGCCUUGGGCCAUUUCUGUUUCCCUGGAAGGGACAUCAGAUUCAGUGCUGAAAGGGUGCACUCAGGCAGAAACUCAAGAGGGUUAUGUGAGCUUUUCCAACCUGGCAGUUUUGAUCUCUGGGUCAAAUUGGCACUUUAUUUUUACUGUCACUUCCCCUCCAGGAGCCAAUUUUACAGCUCGAUCCAGGCCAUUUGCUGUCUUCCCUGUGACUAGGUCAGAGAAGUCAACCAUAAUCCUGGCUGCUUCCCUCUCCUCAGUGGCCUCAUGGCUGGCUCUGUGCUGUCUGGUGUGCUGUUGGUUUAAGAAAAACAAAAGCAGAAAAAUAAAAAGUGAAGAUAUUUCUGAAUCCCAGACUAAUGAUCAAAAGAAUCAUAUCCAGCUUUCAUCCAAGCACCAAGGAUCACAAGUAGAGACCAAAAAAGAAGAUCCCAUAAUAGGAGAAGAUAUGAGGAUGAAGGUCAUUCUGGGAAAGCUGAACCAGCUCCCCCGAGAGUCAUUAAAUGGAGUGUCCAGAAGGAAGGUCAGCCGCCCUGCUGUCCGAGAGGAGGGUGGCAGCCGAGAGGAAGCUGCUGCGCCUGCGGCCGGUACUGCCUGUGUCACAUCCCACGGGCACACCUGUGCUCUGGGGUCUCCUGCUCAGCAGGUGUACGCACAGGAGGCUGGGAACUGGAAGGAGGCCCAAGAGCAGUUGCUCAGGUACCAGCUGGCAGGCCGGGAUCAGCAGCUGCUGCUCUGCGCAGACCUUGGCCGAGAAAGGCAGAAAUUGCAGGACCAGAGUCGGUUGGGCAAGGACAAUGGCAGCACACGGCUUUCCCAGGAGAAGAAAGCCUCCUGUGGUGCCACCGAAGCAUUCUGCCUUCAUUCAGUACACCCAGAAGCAGUUCAUGAACAGCUGUGACCAAGGGGCUCUGUGGGCAUUUGGGCUGAAAGUCAGAAUGUUCAAAGCAUUUCUGGAAGAUGAUCAGGGGAGAUGAGGCCUGAGUCAUUUGGACACUUAGAACGGAGAAUAUGCACUCUGAAUUCUCUUUUCUCAACUUUAAAAUGGAAGGCAGUCAUAUAAAUGCUUGUAGAUGAAAACAGUGUCUGAUAUAUCUUUUGGAUUUAUCAUGGAUCCUAGUCCAAUGCCAGGCAAACAAUAGGUUUCCAAAUAUUAGUUAAGUUUUUGCUUGUUUUUUAACUUAAGCCAGUUACCUUUUUGAUUUCACCAUCUUAAUAAUGAUUUAAUACUGAUUUAUACCAGUAGGGGUUGUUAUUUACCUUCCUCUAGGAUGACCACCCCCAAUGCUUUGGGCUUCUCUUAUUAAGGGAUUAUAAAAUGGACUGGUCUGCUACAGUUAUUUCUGCAGUGUUGCAGCCAAACAUUUCUUUAACUUAUAAGAACAUUUGCAUGAUAGGAGAAGAUCAGUCAGAACUUAACUUCCAAUCACAAGACAACUUCCUGGUGUUUUAUAAGCUGCUUUUAUUUCAUGGCAUAAAUUCAAUCAUUAUUGAGAGCCCACAAUAGAGCAAGCAUAUCAAGUUUGUAACUGAUAUGUAUUGAUACAUGAAAACUGAUAUUCUCAUAGGCUUUGCUAAGAUUUUUAGUUGAAGGACAAACAUACAAAAAAAAGUUUGGGGAAAGAAAUUGUCCUUGGAUCAAAGUUAUCUUUCAAUAGUUCUUUCUGUUAGUAACUGAGUUAAAUUUACAACUGGAAUUAAAAACAAAACUGUAUUGGGAAAAUAGAGUAGCAAAUGGUCAAGGGGAUUAUCAGCUAACUCAUUUAUCAGAGAACUGCUUUUUAGAGACGAUAAUUCAUAGAGCUGCCCACUGAGGUAGGGAAGAGAUUAUAUCAUGUGUAGCCUCUCUAGGCUGUUCUACAAGCUCUAAUAGAGACCAGAGUAUAAGGUCAAUUGGUGUAGAUAAGUUGGGUAAGGAUGCUAAUGGCAGUUUCACCUAAUUCAUACAUUUGCACAGGGUCCAUCAGUGUUCAAAGUAAAGGAUACUUUAAGCAGCCUGACUGUAUCUUUGGCUGUAGAUCCAGAAGCCCUUAUGCUCCAAGGGAAUAAAGUGAAGACAGCAGAGGUAAGGAGACUUUCCAUGAAGAACUUGGUCUCAGAUUUUUCCCUAAAUAUAAACCAGGACUUUCCAAUGAAAGAUUAAGAGGCUAUCCUAUGUUUGAAUUAGAAUAGAGGAAGGAGGCACACUCUUCUAUUGCAGAAUUUUCAGUAACGUUGCCCUGGAAUUAGCCCCAAAGAUGGUGCUGGCAGAAAGUCAUCAUAAAGAGCAUCAAGGGAAACGUAUGUCUCACUUUGCCAUGAGUUGACAGUAACUUGCUCAGCCUCCUUUUCGAUUUUCUAGGUAUCUUAUUGGUAUCUUAAACCUUAAAGCUGCCCUAAAAGGAGAUAGGCAACCUUGUCUUUGACACUGUGUUGGAUUCUGAGGGAGAUACAAUUAGAUGUACUUCAAGAGAUUUUAAUCCAGACUAUUUGUGUUUAAGGAGGGCAUUGAUAGGCAAUCUUGCCUAUUGAAGCUUACUCUGGAUGUACAAAAUGGCUGCCUUCAGGGUAUAUCCUCUUCGUAGAUAUACUUUGUUUGGACAUGAACAGUGUUUAAAACCACAACAAUAGAGAAAAAUAACUUGAAUGGCUUAGGCGGACUAUGAUUUCUUUAGUUUAAUUAGUCCCUGCUAAAACCUGUUCUUUAUCUCAUUUUUGUAGCUUCCUGGUCUAUGCAGUAAUUUUGUUUGCAGUUUUUAGUGCAUAUGAUAAGUCCUCAAGAGCUGUAAUCUUUUUGUACAAAAACAUUUCAGAAGUUAUAGCUUUUGAGGAUUAUAAAAUGGUAGCAGUCCUAGCUGAGGAUUUGUCUACACAUUCUCUCUUUCACUCUGGUGAUUUUAUUCACCAUUUUAAAUUCCAACCCAGAUUCCUUUCCUGGGUUCUAUAUCAUAUAUUUAGCAACCUACUGAGAACUUCCACUAGGUUAUCCCACAGCUCCUAUGACUUAACAUGGCCUUACAGCCUACUCCUCUUCAGGCUUUCCCCCACACAAUGCACCGCAUCCCUGCACUCAGACUUAAAUUUAGAAGUCAACCAUGACUCUGCAUUUUAUCUUACCCUUCCCGAAGGAUCAGCAACCAGCUCUGUUUUUUCUAUUCCUUCUUUACCUUUUUCCCAAUCUUUACUAUCUUCUUAUCCAUCCCCCAUGUGCAAAAAGACUGACCUUUCAGAAAGAAAAUUGAGCCUAUCCCUCUGUUCAGGAACAAUCAUAACUAACCUAUUCAUUCUACCCUCAGCAAAGCCUGGGUUACCUGAAGUCACAAUUGAAUCUUUGGGCCUGAACAAUAGCGGGAAACAUCCAGAGUAACGUGCAGGGCUCUAGCAUGUGGUGUAGAAUUUCAGAAUCUGGCCAGAAUCCCCCACACCAUAGUUAAGCCAGUCUUCUUUUUCCUUCUCAAAAUGUGGGAGAAUUGGAUAAAGAACUCUUGCUUCAUUCAUGUCUGGAGAUGAGAGGAUUAGGUAAAGCCACUAUAGGCCAACCCUAAACUUAUUCAGGCCAUUAAUAUGGGUCACUCAAUAAAUAUUUCCAGCAAUCACAACCCUUUAUUCAAAUAAAUAAUUAAAAAUAUCUUCUUCCUGUGUUUUUUUGAAGGAAGAAUCUCUUCCUGCCUCUCAUUUCUGAUUUACUACAUAUGGUGGACUCCUUUCCCCUAAGAUACCAAACAAACUAAAAUUCAAGAUCGCUGAAAAAAAUAUUUGUAAAAAUUUAUGGAUGUUAAAAUUGAGAAAAAAGGAUGAAGAGAGCAGGGUAGUUUCCACCAUCUCUUGACUUUUGGGGAUUGUGCUCAAGGAAGGUACCAGACUUUGACAAACCUUCAUAUUUACUCAAACUGAGAGAUUGAGCCAAUCUGAUGAGGGUGAUGUCCUGCAUCAGACUUGCCCAUAAUAUUGUGCAGAGUGGUUACUGAGUACCAAGAGGCCUUUAGCUCCCUCAGUGCCCAGUCCUUUCAAUGAUUAUUUAGUUGAAUGACUUCCUUCUGUCUAGUAGUCUAACUACAAAUGUAUAAAAUUACUAUAUAUUGAAAUGUAUGCAAACUCUAUGCAAAAAUAAAUGUGAGAAAAUUGAAUGUAAAUCACAUGCAAAUAUUAUUCAAUCAAGAUUCUAUAAAAUUGUAUAUGUCAAUAACAGUAAAGUAUUUUAAUUAAUUCUGUGAUUUAGAAUUCAUGCAUUUAUUCCACAUUUUGACUCCAUAAUUUAUAAUGUAUCAAUGCCAAUUUUGAAAAAGCUAAAAGCAGAAUGAAUUAUUCUAUAGAGUAUAAAACAGUUGAUUUCAAACUACACUACAGCACUGUGACUAAUUACAGAUAUAUUUGAGAGACAAAUCACGUUUCCAGAAUGUAACUUUUUAA